UGUCUCCCUGUUAUUCCUCCAGGUUACUCCAAUGCAACUUUCCUGAACGACAGCACUGUGACGACCUAUCGGGGAAACGGCCACAUAUUCCGAAACAUCACCAGCCUGUCUCUGAACCUCCGCACACGGAAGCGUAAUGCAGCCAUCCUGCAUGCAGAGAAAGGUUCCUCCUUCAUCACGGUUUCUGUUCAGGACGGCCUCCUCUUCAUGGAGCUCCAGAGCUCCUCUGGGCGCCUCAGCGGCUCGGAGGAGGAUCAGGAGGAGAGAAGAGAGGAGAGGGUGUCAACGGUGAGCCUCAGCAGCAGGAGGAGCAUCGCGGACGGCGAGUGGCACGCCGUCCAUCUGUUCAUGACGGCGCCGUGGGCUCAGUCGUCUCGCUGGUCUUUGGUUCUGGAUAAUGACAUAGAGGACGCCAGCCUCUCCAAGAGCCAGGGCAGCAACCUGAACUUCCUCAGGGAAGGGGUGGACGUCUACCUGGGCGGCCUGGCUCCGUUCACUGGCUGGUCCCUGGCCGGCUGUCUGGGAACAGUGGAGCUGGGCGGCAUCGCUCUGCCGUACUUCAGCUCCUCAGAGGUGAACCUCCCACGCCUGCAGGUCGAGCAGUUCAUCCAAAAGUCCCCGAACCCGGCGCUGCCCGGCUGCAGAGGAGCCUCGGUGUGCGAGCCCAGCCCCUGUCUCAACGGUGGCCAGUGCCAGGACCUGUUCAACACCUACAACUGCACCUGUGCGGAGGGCUGGGCCGGCAGACGCUGCGACGUCCUGGUAGACACCUGCGCUUCGAACCCCUGUCUCCAUGGCAACUGUAGCAUCAACGGGCUCAGCUACGAGUGCACCUGUGAGGUCGGGUACACGGGUGUGGACUGUGAGGAACAGGUGGAUGUGUGCAGGAACCACCUGUGUGCCAAUGGAGCCACCUGCCUCCAUGGCCCGGAUAAAUACGCCUGCCUCUGCGCCGAGAACUACACCGGCCCGCUCUGCAGCGAACGCGUGGAAGAACUUCCUUGGUACAUCGUUGUCAGAAAAAUCACGCCCAAGCUGCCUGUUUCUGUGUGUGGUGAUGAGCUCAGGAACUACACCUGCUUCAACGGAGGGAACUGCACUGACCGGGAGCUCUCCUGCGACUGUCCUGCAGGAUUCAUUGGACACAGGUGCGAGCAGGAUGUGGACGAGUGCAAGUCCAACCCGUGUCUGAACGGCGGCUACUGCAGAAACCUGGUCAACAGGUUCGUCUGCGUGUGCGACAUGAGCUUCGCUGGAGACGUGUGUCAGACGGACCUGACCUCUGAGAGUUUGACCUCCAACCUCUUGCUGUCCAUCAGUCUGGCAUCUGUCCUCCUGCUUCUGGUGCUGAUCCUGACCUCCGUCGGGUUGGUGUCCGCUCUGAAUCGACGCGCCACCCACGGCACCUACAGCCCCAGCCGGCAGGAGAAAGACGGAUCCCGGGUGGAGAUGUGGAGCAUCACGCAGCCGCCGCCGAUGGAGAGACUCAUAUGAGAUCCAGGUGUUGGAUUUGGAGACGAACCUGAGAGAAGCAGUUGGACCAGAACGGAUUCACAGCCUGCAUGGAAACAUUUCACACUGCUGCUGCUUUCAUUGAGUGAAACAUUUCAUGCAAAUGACUGAAUCCAGGCUCCUGCAUGCUGCAGGUCAGCUUUAGGUGCACACACUCUGAAUGUAUUUCUGUUUAAUGUGUUUAUUUAAAUUCAGAAAAUGUUCCUACUUUGUUCUAGGAAAUCUUAAGGAUUCAUGAUUUCUUUUCUUCAUUUUGUCAGGUUAGAAUCACAAAUUUCAACUUAUUUUACUAUUUAAUGCAAUAAAUUGGUUGCAUUUUUUUUAAAAGGGUGUCAGAGUAAAAGGGGCACAAUACAUAUGCAGCAUACACUUUAUUUUCCUUUUAGAGGUAUAACAACAAUGAGAAACAGUUUUUGUUCUGACUGGAGAUGUUAAACUGGUUUUAUAUUGAACACAUCUAUGAGAUAAAUGUAUGAGAAUACAUGCAUUAAAUAAAUACACUUUAAUCUCAAUGUAUUUUAUUAGGAUUUCUUGUCACUUAAUCAAGUUUAGGAGGAUCAGAAAACAACUGAUGUAGACGCAUGCUACACGUUUUAGGAAUUUAUUUGUAAUUUUAGGACCUUUGCAUCCGUUUUCCCCUCUUUUUCACAUCUGUAAAGAUCUAAGCCACUAAAAUAUACAAUGACUAAAAUGUAUGUGUGAUUCUCAAUUAGUGCUUCAGCUUUUAUUUUUUUAGGGAACAAUUUUCUUUAAAGAACUGAUUCAAAGUGUAAAAAAACUCAAGUGCUUCAAACAGGCCAAUAAUUGCUUAAACUUUAUUUCUACACUGUAUAUGCCUAUAAAUGUUCUUUUAAAAACAGUUUUUUUAAACUUUCUGUUACUUUAUUUCUGUGUCAAUUGAUUAGAAUGUUUAUUGAUUUAUUGUCUGUCAAGUGUUAAGAUAAUAAAAAGCUCAUUGUUGUGGCCCAAACUGCCACAAAUUAUUACAUGGAUAAGGUGGAUGAUUAUUUAAAUGAGAUUAUUUUUUUAAAAAGAAGAAAAACAUGCAUUUAAGCAAUUUAAAUGUUUUCAAAAAUGAAUUUUAGCAUAUUUACGCAUGCAAAGAUCUAAAUUUUAACUUUUGUUUUCCUCAACCCCUUCCAUUAAAUAUUAAAGUCAACAUUUCAAAUCCAAAUAAAGACACAAAGGAAGGUGUAUGUUCAAAGAAAUUCAGUCUGAACACGGCAGAGCAUGAAACAUUGUUUAUUUCCCGUUCACAGUGUGUACAUUGUGUGCUGUUGUACCAGGUUACUCAUCAGUAGCACAUUAGAUUGACCUCAGCUGUGACACAGCCACGAUGAGCACAUGCAAAAGUGCACACCAU